UAUUUCCUCAACACUGUUCAAAAAUCAACUCAUAUCAAUUUUUAAAGAAUUAUUUAGUACACCAACAAAAAUGAACUUUCAGCGGUGCAAUUUUCCUCAUUUCAGUUUAUUGGCCAUCUUUUGACUGCCUUUGUCAGUAUUCCGAUAUUGGCUUCAAUUUUAUCCGGUGUACAAUUAUUACUCUCACUUUCUACUUCAUCCUAAGAAAGGUUGAAAUUGUUACAGGUCUAGUGCAAGCGAUGGUCUUUCCAACUAAUGGGGGCGCCCCAUCCCCCCAGGAAGUCGACUUCACUGCACAGCCUGACUUGAAUUGUAAACAAAGGCGGGAAUCUAAAUAAACCCAGCGCGAUGUGAUAACUGAACCCCUAUUUGGUGAAAUGUUGGCUAAAUAUUGACCUCAAUUUGAAUAAAUUCGGCCAAUUUGGGUAAACAGUUGGGUCAUAUUGCUGAACAACUUAGCAUGGGGUCUGAUUAACCCCGUCAUUCCCAUAAUUCCAACCCACGGGCAAAAUUAUAACUUACUCGCUCUAGACGUGUUUUUCAUUUUCUGAUAGAUUACUUUGUAUCUUGAAUUAUGCGACCUCCUCUAUUUAUAAGAAAAGUGUACCAAUCGAACCCAGCCAUCUUACCUCUUUAGAUUAUAUUCCUUCAUCAAGGUGCAGUUAUUCCCUCCUUUACCCAGAUAAUUUAUUUUGCUAUCCUUCUAUGAUUUGAGACACCUUAAAAAUGCCGACCCGUAUAGGAUCUUGUAUAAUGAUUUAUGCAUUUUUGUACUUAUCAAAUGAAAUUAUUUCGUCUGACCUUCCUCGUUUCCCUGACAAUCGGCGGUCGGUCUCAAAGAAAGCAGAGAGACGAUCCGAACCCAAAACCGAGAAGCGACCCGACAGACCUGACGCCGUGAGUUACAGUUACUUCUCACAGUACCCGCUAACCGACAACAAUUAUAAUCGAAACAUUCGACCGCACGAGGGCGGCGUAACCGAUAAUGUCAACAUCGGAUUGUUCGUAAACAGCGUCCGUUCUGUUUCGGAAAUUGACAUGACAAUGAUUCUCGAUGCCUUUUUACAAGCAGAGUGGACAGAUCAUCGGCUGAAACCAACUUGGAAUCGACUAAGUCAAGAAAUCUACGGCGAGAACUGCCGUUCAAACAAAGAGUCAAAUUGCACUAAUUUGACAAUAACUCUUGGAAAAGCUUUCAGCGAGGCGAUUUGGCGACCCGAUUUUUAUCUUCCAUCCGCUAUUAACAUUUACCCAGCUGACGAUUACAAUGAUAACGUUUGUGUUAAGCUAAGUAGCGAAGGAUCUAUUUUCUACAGCAACCGAGUAAUCAUCACAAUCUCGUGUCCAAUGAAGUUGGUUUAUUUUCCAUUCGACAGUCACACGUGUACAGUUUGUAUUGGGUCGUAUAAGUACCAUGACCAGCUCGUUAGAAUGACUUGGUCUCCGGACUUAUCGGGUAUGUACGACCACCAGGCGACAGCAAAUUUUAUGAUCCGCAACGAAAGCUCGUGGUCCGUUUUAAACGCUCAGAACAAAUCAAUGCCGUUUAUAGGCGACAUUUUUACAGAGCACUGUUUCGAAAUUGUGAUUGAUCGAAAAUAUAAUAUUUUUCUCGUCACUUUAUACCUUCCAAGUGUGGCUUUAGUGGCUUUAUCUUGGGUUAAUUUUUGGAUAGAUCCGAAAGCGAUUCCAGCGCGAGCCGGACUCUCUAUAACUGCUAUUUUGGCACAAAUCACUCUUAUUGUUGGUAUGGCAGGUCGUUUUCCAUCAGUUAGUGAUUUGAAAAUGGCCGACUUGUAUCUGACGAUCAACUUUAUAUAUACUUUUGCGACUUUGAUCGAAUUUGCGAUCGUGAGCUAUAAACCCGAAGAUGAAAACACAGAAAAGAAAACAGUCUCACGAAAACGUUCAAGCGUCGCGACCCAAAAACGAAACUUGAGCCGAUCUAAUUCAGACAACCGCGAACGGUUUAACAAAAGGAAGCUCCACGCUACAAAUUCAUUUUCAAUUGCGAAUGGGGUAAAAUCAGCCAAUCACAGUCCGAACGUUAAUCGGGAACCCGAUGACGUAAUAGUACCGAUGGCACAGGCUCAGUCGCUAUUGAGCAGUCGGAUUGUUUCAGUUUACGAGAACCAAAUUCAAGUCCAUCAUCGUGCGAGUUCAUUCGACGAAGCUACUGCUGCAGACUGCUCCUUCCUGAAACCGAAGCGAAAACGAAGAAAGCGGCCAAAAGUUAGGAAAAAUGUUGACAAUAUCUCCAAGGUUUUCUUUCCUGGCACUUUUGGACUGUGGAAUGCUCUUUUCUUCACUUCUAACCUUUAUCUGGCUGAUCGACUAGACUCUCUCUCAAAAUCUUUCAUCGAUGCUGUUUUGGGAUGAUGAACGAACAAUGUGCACAACCAAUAAAACGCCCGUCUAUGAGCACAAUAGAAUUUAAACUAUCACGUUUAAUUUACUUUUUCUUUCAA